UCUUGCGCAGCUACUGCCCAUUUGGAGUGGGAGUAACCUGCUCUUUUGCUGUCCAAUCAGAGCAGACCACGACUGAUAGGUUCUGGAUUUUGAGAGAAAGACCUUGCGUCGAAGGUAUUAACUGAGUGCUUACUGGUUUGUGGGGAUGGGAUCAACUCAUCACUGCGGGGUAGUGGGGAAGGAAUCAACCCAGCAGUGCACGGCCUGAUACCGGGAGAGGUUACUCUUAAUCCUUGAGUGCGGCCCAGAGACAGAUUUGAUUCCUGUGAAACAGUGACGGGGCGGGGGAGAAAAGUAGCUUCUUCCGGAGAGCCGGCAAGUGAAGAUCAAUUUUGGCCGAGGUAGAGCUCCACGCCCCGCUGCACGUCCGAGGAUUUGAAGGCUUCGGAAUGGUAGCGCCACGGGCCUGCCUGAGGAAAGUGAACUCCUACAUCCCUUUCCUGUUGGUCCUCAUCGAUCUUCAGUGUGAAGGAAUAGAAGGGGGCAUAAAUGCUGAAGUUGAAAAGCACCUUGAAAUGGGGAAGAAACUGCUGGCUGCGGGACAGUUAGCAGAUGCACUGUCUCAUUUUCAUGCUGCUGUAGAUGGGGACCCAGAUAACUAUGUUGCCUAUUAUAGGCGAGCCACAGUCUAUCUGGCUAUGGGUAAAUCAAAAUCUGCUCUCCCAGACCUGAGUAAAGUUAUUGAACUGAAACCAGACUUCACAUCUGCAAGGUUACAGAGGGGAAAUUUGCUGCUAAAACAAGGAAAAUUGGAUGAAGCAGAACACGACUUCAAGAAAGUGGAUGAAAUGACAAAGCCAUCAAAUGAUCAUAACAUCCACUUGUUCAGUAAUGUCUUUUGGCAGGGGGAGAAAGGAAGAAAGGAUCUACAUCUAAAAUCUAACCCCAAUGAGAAAGAAGAAAACGAAGCAAAGUCCCAACUAACUAAAGCAGAUGAACUACAACGGAUCAUUAUGCAGGCGCGAACUGCAUAUGAAAACCAGGAUUACAUGGCAGCAAUUGAAUUCCUAGACACACUUAUCGAGACAUGUAUUUGGGAUUCUGAGUUACGAGAACUCCGUGCAGAAUGCUACACACAGAUUGAUGAAAGUGGAAAAGCAAUAAGUGACUUGAAAGCAGCAUCAAAACUUAAACAUGACAACACUGAAGCAUUCUACAAAGUCAGUAUAAUCUAUUACCAACUUGGAGACCAUGAAAUGUCUCUUAGUGAAAUUCGAGAAUGCCUGAAAUUGGACCCAGAUCACAAACUCUGUUUUGCCCAUUACAAGCAAGUGAAAAAACUCAACAAGCAGCUGGCAACUGCAGAAGAACUGAUAAAACAAGAAAAAUACCCUGAUGCUGUCAGUAAAUAUGAAACUGCUAUGAAAACUGAGCCAAACGUUCUGCAGUAUAGCUUGUAUGCAAAAGAGAGAAUUUGUCAUUGUUUAUCAAAGAACCAACAAGGAAAAGAAGCCAUAAAAACUUGCACAGAAGUAUUGCAGCUGGAUACCAACAAUAUAAAUGCAUUAAAGGACCGAGCAGAAGCUUACAUUUUAGAGGAGCAAUAUGAAGAAGCAAUUAAAGACUAUGAAGUUGCAAGAGACCACAGUGACCACGAUCAAGAAAUAAAGGAAGGACUGGAAAGAGCACAGAAACUUUUAAAACAGUCACAGAAAAAAGAUUACUACAAGAUAUUAGGAGUGAAAAGAAGUGCCAAAAAACGUGAGAUUAUAAAAGCAUACAGGAAGCUUGCAAUGCAAUGGCAUCCUGAUAACUUCCAGGAAGAAACUGAAAAGAAACAAGCAGAAAAAAAAUUCAUCGACAUAGCAGCUGCGAAAGAAGUGCUCACCGAUCCAGAAAUGAGGAAGAAAUUUGAUUCUGGGGAGGAUCCUCUUGAUCCAGAAAAUCAACAAGGUGGCGGUGGUCACAGUUUUCACAGAUCCUGGAACCAGUGGCAAGGAUUUAAUCCUUUUGGCUCAGGAGGACCUUUUAAUUUUAAAUUCCACUUUAACUAAGUCUUGAGUAUCAUCUACUCAUUUCUAUAAAGACUUUUUAUAGAACAGAAAUAUUGAAUGUGAUGCCAGAAACUCAGAUCUGAAAGUUUAAACAGUGUGACUUUGUUCAGCCAAAAAUGUUCAGAAUGUAGUAUUUUUCACUUUUGAAAAAGUUUAAAUAUUUUCAUUAAAUAUAGAUGUGAUGUACACUUCUAAUAAAGCAGAUUGCCUUAAAUGUAA